AUGGCGCUUCAGCAAAAUACGCGCUUUGAGCAUGGCACCUUAUCUGACUAUUUUUUGGACACUGUGGGACUGGAUAUUAUCCGUGAUACCUUCCCAACUCUGCCCUCACCUCGCGUCCUUGCCUCACACCGUUGGUUUCAGUUCCUGCCCAAACAAGCAUUUGAGAAGAAACCUCGUCUCGUCUACGUCCUGCGGAACCCCAAAGAUGCUUGGGUCUCCUACUUCAAGCUGUAUACCUCUUACAAGUCGGAGGACAUGUAUUUUUGUGGCAGCUGGGAGGAAUAUUUUGAACUACAGAUGAGCGGAGAAUUUGUAUGGGGCUCCUGGUUCCAGCAUGUGUUAGCUGUAGAACAAUUUAUCACUGAGCACCCAGAAUUUCCGGUAUACGUCAUCCAAUUCGAGAAACUCAAAGAGCGCCCAGCGGAAGUGAUACAAGAAUUUUGCCGCUUUCUGAAUGUACCGGAGGACAAGGCAAAGGAAAUAGCAGACGCCACAAAGUUUCAAAACAUGAAAAAGGAGGUCUUGAAAGGAGAUGGAGGGGUUUUGAUGAAACAGAUGUUCAAAGAUGAACAUCACGGUUAUCUUCGCAAGGGUAAUAUGGGGGACUGGAAAGAAUAUUUCACCGUGGAGCAGAAUAAGAGAUUUGAACAGAUGUUUCAGGAUAAAAUGAGAAGCUCCAAACUGGCAGAGAAAAUACUGAUGGCCACUAAUGGCGAGGGAACCUCCUCGGCCAAGCAGACGGAGGAGAAAACGCCACAAUAA